AAACGUGAGGCACCAGCUGGUGAGAAGCCGGAACCUGUGAGGACUCACCUCCGUAACAUGAUCAUCGUGCCUAAGAUGAUUGGUAGCAUCAUUGGUGUCUACAACGGAAAGACCUUCAAUCAGGUUGAAAUUAAGCCUGAAAUGAUUGGUCACUAUUUGGCUGAAUUCUCAAUCUCUUACAAGCCUGUUAAGCAUGGUAGACCUGGUAUUGGUGCUACUCACUCCUCAAGGUUUAUUCCUCUCAAGUGAAGAUCAUCAUCAGAGCCCCUCGAUGGAAAGCUAGUUCGUCCAAUUGAUUAUGUUUAUGGGUUUAUGGGCUAUAAUAUACCAGUUCGGUACGUAUUCUACGAAUCCUAGUGUUUUUGGACCGAAACUUACGAAACAACGCGUAUUCGAAAUGUGAGUUAUGAAACGACAAUAUUUCUUUGUUUUUGCCGAAUUCGAAAAGGUGUUCUUUGCUUAAAACACAACUUCGGUACUUAUGAAACAAAACAUAGCGUGUUCGGAAGCUAGAAUACAAAAAAUAUGGAGUUUCGUAUUGUAGGAACCAAACUAAAUUAGUAUAAAAAAAUUAGGGGCAUUUUGGUAUUUUGGGGGGUUUAAGAGCAACUAGUCGGCCUAAAAAGCCAAUUUUAUGAGAUGGGUUGUGGAGGUAUGACAGUCUAUUGGGCCGUAAGUCCAAACCCAAUCACCCAACUGGCGCUAAUGGUAUAAACACGAAGCCGUCAGAGUGAAAUGGAGAGAAACCCUAGCAGCGAUACCCAUCCCAUCCGUGAGAAGUGAACCCUAGCAAGGAAGAAGAUCCAAGCCAGUGUUAUCGCAAUCAUGGCCGAUGUUGAACCUGAGGUAGCAGCACAAGGAGUGCCAAAGAAGCGUACAUUCAAGAAGUUCAGUUUCCGUGGAGUUGAUCUCGAUUCUCUCUUGGAUAUGAAGACUGAUGAACUCGUCAAGCUUUUCUCUGCUCGUGCCCGCAGAAGGUUUCAACGUGGUUUGACCCGUAAGCCUAUGGCACUCAUCAAGAAGCUCCGCAAGGCAAAACGUGAGGCACCAGCUGGUGAGAAGCCGGAACCUGUGAGGACUCACCUCCGUAACAUGAUCAUCGUGCCUAAGAUGAUUGGUAGCAUCAUUGGUGUCUACAACGGAAAGACCUUCAAUCAGGUUGAAAUUAAGCCUGAAAUGAUUGGUCACUAUUUGGCUGAAUUCUCAAUCUCUUACAAGCCUGUUAAGCAUGGUAGACCUGGUAUUGGUGCUACUCACUCCUCAAGGUUUAUUCCUCUCAAGUGAAGAUCAUCAUCAGAGCCCCUCGAUGGAAACUUUUCCAUGUUUUACUGCAACUAUUUAAAUAUUUGAUUUCUGCAUGAUAUUGUUUUGACAUUUAGGAUAUCAGUGAACUGAAGUUUUGGAUUUAUAUUAUGUCUAAAUGAGCUUUUUGAA